AGAAAGCAAAAUCUGAUAGAAAAAUGCUGCAGUACUUUGUAGAUAUGCGCACAGUGCGUGCAAUCGGAGGAAAUGGAGGUGAUGGUGCUAUCUCAUUCCUUCAGCUGUGGGCCAAUGAGACGGCAGGACCAGAUGGAGGGGAUGGAGGGCAUGGAGGACAUGUAUUGUUUCACGCAACUAAAGAUGUACGGGACUUACGCCACUUGACAUCAGUUCUCAGAGCUCCAGAUGGAGAGAAAGGUUAUAAUAAGGACUGCCAUGGGAAGAGUGCUUCUCACACUGUAAUACAGGUUCCUAUUGGCACUAUAAUUAAGUCAAGCAGCGGGAAAGUUGUAGGUGACCUUAAAGAUGAAGGCACCACAUUUGUGGCGGCACGUGGCGGGGCCGGAGGCCAUGGGAACCAUUUCUUUGUAUCAGACACACAUCAGGCUCCAAACAUUGCAGAGUAUGGGGCACAAGGAGAAGAAUUACAGUAUGUGCUGGAAGUGCGCACCAUGGCACAUAUCGGACUGAUAGGGUUUCCAAACGCUGGAAAAAGCACUUUACUUCAGGCAGUUUCACGUGCACGACCUAAAAUCGCCCCAUAUCCGUUCACUACAUUGAAACCACACUUGGGCAUAAUACAGUAUGAUGACUAUGACCAGAUAGCAGUUGCAGACUUGCCUGGUUUGAUUCCUGGAUCCCACAAGAACCGUGGUCUGGGAAUCCAGUUCCUGAAACAUGCAGAGCGCUGUGCAGUUCUGCUGUUCAUGUUGGAUUUGGCCACUCCUGAACCCUGGACUCAUCUGGAAGUACUGCAGUUUGAACUCUCACAGUUCAGUCCUGAACUCUUACAACGUCCUCAGCUGGUUGUUGCAAACAAACUGGAUCUACCAGAGGCCAAGGUUAACCUCACUCAUCUGCAGAGACAAGUUAAGCUUCCUGUAAUUGCUAUUUCUGCAAAAAUGGGAAUAAACCUUGAAAAGCUGUUAAAGGUCAUUAAAGAAACAUAUGACAAAAAUAUUAAGACUGAAGAUGAAGAGUGAUCUUACUGACUGUGAAGUGACAAGAAGAUGUGAAUAAUUUCUAACAAAGUAGUGUGGAUUUUUGCAUUGUGAUGUUGGCCAUUUAUAGCUGAAAUUCAUCUUUAUGAGCUGCUAUUUAAAUAUGCUGUGUAUUCUAGUGUUUAAAAACAGCCAGGUUUAAAUUGUAGCAUAGUAGUGAGGAAGUUUAUCUGAAUUCUUUUCCUUUUUGUUGAACUAGGAUCUCAAAACAAAAAGUACUUUGUUAAGAAUAAAUCCAUUUGCUUCUAUUUUAAUUUUUCCAGAUUUAGAAUAACUAGUCUUGUUAUAUGCAGUUUUACUUUACAUAAAUUUUUAGUUAUCCCCAUGUUUCUUUUGUAUGUUCUAAGUAAAGGAAAAUUAAUGUUAAGGUGUAGCAUGGAAGCUAUUGAAUAAUUUCUGAAGACAACUGUACUGUAUGUCAGAAGUGAUUUCUGACUCUUGCAACAACCAUUACAGUUUAAAAUAACAUACUACACAUUUCAAUGCA